AAAAUAAUCAACAGGGAAAGGGUGUUGUUGUGAGUGAUUCUCGUCUUCCAGAAUUUCUCAGCAGUGAAAGUUUGGAGAGAAUGCUCCAAAAGCUGAUUGGAAUCUAUGAAGCCACCGAAGGGACUGAUAACUGGACUUCUCAAGGAAAAACAAAGGGUCUAGAUAUUCUAAAACGACCACCUAAGGCAGGAGAGCGACCCUGGGACUGCUAUAAAGCAACUUCAGUGGUAAAUGUGCCACUCGACUACAUUCUGGCCUACAUUUAUGCAUUGGACUACAGAGGAGAAUGGGACGACAUGUUCCUUAAAGGCGAAACUGUGGAAGAAAUUGAUCCUAUUACGAAGGUCAACCGACUGGAGUACAAACCACAGUGGCCAGCCAGCGGUCGGGACUUCUGUGUCAUAGCUAUUCUCAGAGAGAUUGAUGAAGGUGUAAUUGCUUUGGCUUCUGAGGCGGUGGAGCACGAGAGGUGUCCCGAAAUGAAAGGGCUUGUUAGAGCGGAGGUUAUUACUGUUGGCUUUGUGGUUAAAGAACUGAGUAGUGAUCCUCCAAGUUACCUUGUAACGUAUAUGACUCGCGUUGAUUUAAAAGGAAAUCUACCUGCCAGACUUGUGAACAGAGUGCUAUCAUCUCAGCCCCAGGCUCUCGCUGUUUUACGAGAUAAACUCGAGGCUUGUUACCAAGCUGAUGUGGGAGUUGACGGCCUGGAUACAUCACAACUUCGUAGAGAAGGCGCUGAAUUAUGUGCGGCGUUACUGAAAGCCAAAUCGUGUCAGCAAACACAGAAGGAUAUUGAAGGAGAGGAGAAAGAGUCUUUACAGGGCUGGAGCUUACUGGAGACGCGAGAUACCGACAGUUUGCAGUCUGAAAUGACCGAUAGGUUCAACCCAAAUAAUAUAUCGCAGGACUCUGGGGAAAUGUUUCCAAUUACAGAAGAACAAAUGAAGCUUCCACUCGCGGACAGACAUCAGUUAGAUUAUCGAACGCUCGGCAAUCAAGCGGCUGCAAACCUUCUAGGAGAGGUACAACUGGCUUCUCAAGUAGAGAUAUCAGUGUCAGAAGAGACGGGCGGGCAGGCCAAUCAGGGGAGAGAAGGGGAGUGGAGUUAUCGUAGUAUUGAAAAAGACGUCGUGAUAUUGCAGAAGACGGGAGAUAAAAUUCACAGUUUUCUUGGCAAGGGAAUGAUUAAAGUGAAGCCGCCAACAGUGUGGGAAGCGGUGCGGAAUCACAUGACGCGUCACGUGUACGAUAGAAUGUUGAAGAAAACUAAGUUGGUCAGACAAAUCGACGAUCAAACUAAGAUCAUUUAUUGCCAUCAUGAAACAAGUCAGUGCUUCGUCAAGCAGUCUCGCGAUUCUGUGGCUUUAAUAGGAGAACGAGUCGAGCCUGAACGUUACGUAGUAGCUGGAACAUCCGUGGACAUCCCCGAAUUACCACAGCACAAGGACAUAACAAGACUGAAGAUUCACGUCGCUGGUUGGGUAAUUGAGCCCAUUCUACAAAAUGGUCAGCUAUAUUCCAUGGUGUCUUAUCUUGCACAGAUUGAUUUUGGUGGUCCUUUUCCUGCCACUCUUUUAAAUCGGGUCGGUCGUCGCCAACCACUGUGUAUCGCUUAUCUCAGAGACCACCUGGAAAAAAUUGAACGCAAAGCAUCUGCAGUAUAACCACUUAAAAUAUGAUGAGUGACCCACAGCUUGGGGCGAAUUAUGGACAGGGAACAAAAUUACGGUCGGUACGCUGUUGGGGAUGGUGCUUGGUGACUGUGCCAUUAAAUUUGGAUCACGGAAUGUUCUUCUUGGUAGGAAAUGGUGAUUUCCUCACUUUUAUGAACAGUUAAAUUUCACAGAAGAAAAACAAACAAACAAACAAACAAACAAAUAAACGAACAAAGAAAGCAGUAAUUUUCUUUUUUCGAGAUUCCCAAAGCUUUAAAACGAGGACAAGUUAAACGCCUCUGCUUUGGGAAUGUUUUACUAUUGUAUUGAAAAUAAUAUUAUUUUUCACAAAGAACAUUUUGUACUUGCAUUCUAGAAUCAAUUUCUCACGAAAAUCAUUUCACCCACAGUUGACAUUCACACUUAAAGCAUGAAACUUAUUAAUUUACUUUUAUAUCAUUAUGUUAGCUAAAUACAUGCACGACGGCCUCUGAGACACUUGAUGAUGCCCUUAAAUGUAUGUUAUCCUUACCUGAAGUUCCCUGGCAGCAUCGCUGACCAAAUAGAAAUUUGUUGUCGCGAAGGUUAACCGCGUGAGUGGGAAUUGCAUCAUUCAUGAUCCAAUCGAAGUCUUGCUUUCUGCUCCAGAGGUUGUUAUUGUUUGUUCGUUUGUUUGUUCGAACUGGGGUUGAUCUUUGAUCAGGUGCAACCACAAAUUUGAAUUACAAAAUUGAAGAAUUUUUUUGUAAGUUGUAUAUUGUAUGUAUAAUUGUUAUAUAUCUCUUUCAAUUUCUGCGUAAAUUUUAUCUCAAUUGUUGUAAGCUUUAAAUGUUUCGUUAAGUGUUUCGUUUCUUUCAAUUUCGUACAAAAAACCGUGAAAUAUCUUUCUAUUUUUGUUACCUUUGCUCUUUUUAUUUCGCUCGUGUUUGUCAAAACCAUGGCUGAGCGUUUCCAAGGUUACUGUUCAGAGCUGCAAUUGUGAAUCGAAUAUACUAUUCGACUUUUAUCUUUAUCCUUUUCAAGAAGAAGCUUUCAGACUUGAAGAAAGACAGAAAAUUGUAACUAAUGAUGAGUGUGAAUGGAUGGUUAAAUUUUAAGUCACAUUUAUUUGUUUGAAAAGUAAUAAUGCAAAAUAAAUGCUUGAAUGUUUGUUUU